UGGCAAUCCUGCCGAUGAUUGGGAGCAGUCGAAUUUUCAAAACAAGAUUGUUUUUCAGCCUUCCUUUUGAUUAAAAAGUGAAAUCAACUUCGAUUUUCAUUGUGCAAGACGAAAUCAGGCUCAGCGAAUUCCGAUGGAUUUAAUCCAGGACUACGAGCAGCAGUAUGCGGUACUAACCGCCGAAAUAACGGCUCAAAUAGGUCGAAUAGCCGCUACAUCUGCAGCAGGGGACCGACUCAAGCUCAUCUCGGAUAUCGAUCGGCAGCUGGAGGAAUCCCAGGAACUGCUGGAACAGAUCGGCCUCGAAAUUCGCGACAUUCCCCAGGCAUCCCGGGCCGGGUUCACCUCUCGGCUGAACUGCUACCAAGCCGAGUGGAAGCGACUGCAGCAAGAGUUCGGCAAUGCUAAAACCGCUCGGCCCCGGGGAGGACCAACGGGGGGAGGCGGAUAUGACUCGGUAGACGAAUUCGACGAAAUCGGAAUCCAGGAGGACCAAAAGCGGCGCCUUUUGGACAACAGCGAACGACUGGAGCGCACCGGAAACUAUCUGAAGGACAGCUACCGGGUGGUGCUGGAAACGGAACAGAUCGGAGCCCAGGUACUGCAGGACCUGAGCGAACAGCGGGAAACCAUUCAACGGACCCGGGGAAGGCUUCGAGAAACGGACGCGGAACUGGGUCGUUCCUCGAGAUUGCUGAAUUCCAUGAUACUGCGCGGAUUGAGAGAGAAAAUCAUUCUCAUUGCCGUUGGUGUUGCGAUUUUUCUAGUCCUAUUUUUAAGCAUUUACUUUUCUGUUUCCUCAGACUAAACUUUACCGAACGGAAGGAGGAUGUGAUGUUACAAGUAUGUAGGUUAAUUAUUUUCAAUUGUCCUUAUUAAUCAUAAUCACUAGGUAGCUCCCAUUUUUAGUAAGACGUCUUGUAAUAGACUAACAAUAUAAAAACCGAGAAAGUAGAAAGGCGAAAAAAGGAUGUUUAUACACUGCUUGUCGUAAAUUGUUGAAAAAAAAACUGUUAGUAUCGAAAUUAUGUACUUCAAUAAAUACUAAAUGAAUUGUUUUUAUGUGUAUCCAGAGUGCGAAAAACCAAGUAUGUAAAUGGAUGGAUAUUAAGUGCAAAAUUUUAUCAUAUUAUGAACAAUAAAUCAGCAUUCCC